AUGACGGAGCUCAUCGACCCGGCACGCUUCGCCGACAGCUUCGGGGAGGCGCCCGUCGCGCUCUUCUCGCUCGAUCUGUCGGCCAUCUGGCAGCCGAGCGCCGACCGCGACCUCGAGCAGCCCGAUGGCGCCGACGAGCUGUACAGUCGCGUGCAGAAGCGCGAGAGCACCUACGAGAUGAUGCGCGAGUGCCCCGAGAUCAUCGAGGAGGUGGUCGAGAUGCGCUACAACACAGGCACCAUUGUGAAGCCGCACCUGCGUCGCGGCCCAGAGCGGGUCUCGGCGCAAGAGCUGUUCGACAUCCCACUGGACGACGCGCCCGACGCCAAGGAGGCUGGCAGCGACAGUGGCGUGUCGUCCAAGACGAGCGAGAACGGUGACGUGUACGCCGUGCCGCGGCGGAAGACGAGGCACGCCCCACAGCCACCGGCGACCGGCCUCUAUGAGAACCCACAGGCGGUGACCAUGUCAGGGGUGUAUGAGAACCCGGCUAUGCAGUCCAUCAACGACAACUUCGUGCUGAUGGCGUCACAGAGCUUUCAGACGCGCCAAACUUCCUUCAAACCACCGUACGGUGACCGCAGAGACAUCCUCAACGACUCCAUAGAAGUCGAUGGCGCCAGCGACGAGGGAUCCGACUACGACGACCAGGACGACAUCGAGAACGACGAGCUGGAGAUCGACGCGGCCAUCGAUGAAGCCCUGGACGCCGAGUCGCUGGACGGAUCUGUAGCCACCGCCAACAGUGACCUCUUCCGCGCCGUGCCUAUUGAGAUCACCAGCAUGGACACGCUGCCCAAGCCGGAGGCGCGGCGCGAACAUGCGGACGCAGCUGGGGAUGAGCCUUCCGGGGACGAGAGCGUGGACUGCGCCGCCGCGCAGCCUCCCGGUCAAGAGGAGGCAGAGGCGUCGGAGCCCACCGCAGCGCCGCCGCCCGACCCGCCGCAGACGUACAUCACGCUCAACCUGAAGGACCACCGAGCGCCGCGCGCCGGCGCGCCGCCGCCAUCCGCCUAUCGGCGCGCCAAGAUGCGCAAGUCGAGCUCGAUGAGCGACCUCCUGCCGAGCGUGUUCGGCAGCCGCGGCGAACGCGCCGCGCCGCGCCUGCCGCCCACCAUGUCGCUGGACACGGCCACGCGGCUGGAGGCGGCGCAUCGCAGCCUGCGCGAUCACGCGCGCCAAACGUACAUGGGCUUCCACCGCAACCACCCGUGGCUGCCCGACCUCGUGUCACAGCCCGACCUCGACUACUGGGUCCGUCGCACCAAGAAGGGUAGCAAUGGCUUCGAGGAACUGCGAAAGUAUAUCAAGCAUGGCGGCGACUUCUGCAAAGAGCUGGCGUCAAUCCUGCAGGAGAGAUCUGACCUCGAGGUCAGCUACGCCAAAAGCCUGCAGAAGCUGUCUGCCAAACUGCUGAAGGCGUCGAAGGAGGGCCUGGGGAGCGUGAACCAGGCCUGGCAGAUGGUGGGCGCCGAAAUGGAGUACGAGGCCGACGUGCACAAGACAAUGGCGGUGACGUUCACUGAGGAGCUGGUUAAGCCGCUGAAGGGCUUGAUCGACACGCAGCAUAAAGUGCGCAAGUCGGUGGAAGGCAUGGUGGACAAGACAGCCAAGAACCUGGCCGAGUGGCGCUCGGCGGAAGCGAAGGCCAAGAAGAUGUCGUACCAGUGCGCCCGGGAGAACGAGAAGGCGGAGGAGCUGGCGCUGGAUGUGCGACUGGGCCGCGGCAAACAGCUCACCGAGAAGGAGACCAAUAAAGUGCAGUCCCGGAGACAGAAGACGGGCAACGCCAUGAGCAAGGCCGACUCCGACUACUACACAUUCUGCCUACGAGGCGAGCGGGCGCGGCUGGAGUGGGAGACGGCCGUCAACAAGGGCAGCCAGUGUUUUCAGGCGCUGGAGGAAGAGCGGCUGGUGCGGCUACGCUCCGCCCUGCACGCCUAUCACCAGAACAUGCGCUCACUCGGGCCCAAGAUGAUGCAGAGCGCCGACCGUCUCUCAGAGCCACUGGCCUGCGCCGACGUCACGCGGGACGUCCAGACGGUCAUCAACGUCAAAGGCUCCGGUCACAACAUCCCCGAACAGCUGCUGCCCGACUUCUACGCCGAGGACAUGACGAACGUGAUGAACCGCGAGCGACGGAAGAAGGCUCUGGAGCAGUUCCUCCAUCUCAUCCGCCAAGGUGUGGAACGGGAAAGGAGAGGAAAGCAUGGGGUCGAGAACCUCGCCAAGGCGAUCCAAGAGACGCCUCACUUCGGUAGCGAAGGUUCCAAGAAGGACGUCCACGAAAAACUGCAGCACAUGCGCGCGCUGCUGGCUUACCUGGAGGCCAGUCGGUACAAGAUCCAGGUGGCACUGGCGGAGCUGGAGGGCCAGCCGCGACCCCAGCACCCCCUCCGCAAACACAUCGAGUAUCACAAGGACCGCCAGGGCAUGACGCAGAGCAUACUAAAGGUACCGGGCUGGGUGGCGCUGGACCCUCUGGACCUGUCGCCGGAUAUUUCGCCCACGUGGGCCGCGGACCGGGGGAAGGCGGACGGCACCUCCCACCAGCCGGACUCUGACUUCGAUGAGUUCAGCAGCCAGGGGGACGAGCGUGAGUACCAGUGUGCGGUGUCUGGCGCGCCGGCGCCGGCUGCCGCCUCGCCGCCAGCCGACAGCGGCAGCGGCACCGGCAGUGACCAGCUCACCACGUCGCCGUCACCGGUGGACGGCCGCGCCGUGCCGUCCAUUGGACGCUGCAAGGUCCUCUACGACUACACGGCCAACAUGUAUGACGAGCUCACCAUCAAGGCCGGCGACACCAUCAAUGUGCACGACAAGCAGGACGACGGCUGGUGGCUGGGCGAACUGAACGGCACUGUCGGCAUCUUUCCCGCCACCUAUGUCCUCGAGCUCACGUGAUCCCGCCGCCGUCGGCAUCGUCCGAUCUACCACGCACCGCACGUGCGUCCUCCAGCUGGCGUUGUCCGUGGACGUGUCGUAUGACGUGCUCACGUGAGCCAGCGCAGACGUGCCGCGCUGGCCACAGGACGCGAGGACGCGAGCCGCCGCGCUCGGCUGGCUGCUCCUCCGGUCAGGAGGCGGUCGUGUGAUCCGGCCGGUUUGUGGCGAGCGCGCAGGGAUCCCGUGUGCGUGACGAACGCGCAGCGCGCACGUGACGGCCGUAGGCCAGGGGGGCAGUGAGAGUGUACGACAGCCCAUCGGUCCGCUCCUUGAAAGGGAGAGGCACCUGGUUCGUGGCGAAGUUUCAUGGAGGCUUCGGAGGGCCCGUAGCAUCGCUGGCACUUCGGAGGGCCCGCAGCAUCGCCCGCAGCAUCGCUGGCACUUCGGAGGGCCCGCAGCAUCGCUGGCACUUCGGGGGGCCCGCAGCAUCGCCCGCAGCAUCGCUGGCACCAUCUAUCGUAUGAACUUGGAACGUGACGUUUGUUAUGUUGAUGUUGCUGCGGGACGCAGACGGCCUGUUUUAAGUAGUGAUAUAUCUGGCCCUGCGGGCUCGAGGCAACGUCUAAACCAAUGCUAUGCUGCACUGUUGUAAUGAAACUGCCUCGACUAAUCGUUUUGCUUCAUCAAAUGUUGCAGUGACCAUAUGCGUAUCCUAAAAUGCGUUUUGUACAUGCAAUACAGGUAUAUUUGAGAAGU